AUGGAUACAGCUAGUAGCAAAGCUGUGCUUACUCCAGCUGGAUCGAUACCAUCACAGUUCAACUUUAUUCCCUCAUAUCCUGGAAACGGAGUUACCCUGUUCCAGAUCCAAGAAUCUGUUAGCAUGAAAUGUCUCAAGGACAAUGGAGCAGGAACUCUCAUCUUUGCGCCGUGCCAAAGCAUUGGCUCUGUCUGGGAUCUCGACUUCUUGUCACUCUCUCCUAGCUUUAUGCCUAACAAGCAAAUCCAACUUGCAAAUGGUGGAAGUACGCAGCUAUGUUUGACAUUCCCCAACGGAGGCACUGUCUCUGUCAUAGCAUGUGACAGUGCAAGCAUCUACCAACGGUGGAACAUCUUCCAGAACCUUAUUCUCAGUGCCAGCACCAACUAUCUACAAUUACAAUCCAGUGGCACGAAUGGUACUGUUGCUAUUGUUGGGACAAAUCACAUCCCGAACAUUAUAGUGUAUCCCAAUGCUCCUCUAAAUGGGGUCAGCAUCUAUGAUGCAGUUACAGAUAGCUGUCUCAAAUUACUCAACAACUUGCCAUAUUGGGUAUAUUGCGAUCAGACCAAUCCUUCCCAGAACUGGGUAAUCUACUAG